CACCCAGCUGCAAACAGCACAGAAUUUGGGAGCCCCUGAGAUCCAUACAGAAACAAUGAGGAACUAUGCUCUACCCGUUUACCUGCUUUUGCUGCUUGCAGUCACCUCUGGGAGAAGUGCAGAGACGACUGAAACUCCAGAGCAGGUUGACAGUGAAAACGUCGCCACCGCAGCAGCAGAGAACGCCUCUGACACAUCCUCACAGAAUGCCGUGACCCCUACCGAUACUUCCCCUGAGCCCGAAAUCCUGGUAGACACCGACCAAGAGAGCCCUUCGUCCAAUCAGACAACAGCUGCUCCUGAGGUCCUGGUCAUCCCCACCGACAGCGGCCCUUCAUCCAAUGAGACGGCUGCUCCUGAAGUCCUAAUCACCCCCGAGGACAGCAGCCCCUUGUCCAAUGAGGUGCCAACUGUGACUGUAGUCACAGCCCCCUCCGAAAUCGGCAGCCCUCCAUCCAAUGAGACGACGGCUACUCCUGAAGUUCAACCGCAGCAGGCCAACAGCACCGAGGCCCCCCCUACUCCUGUCCCGCAGACCACUGUCCCAGUGGAACCGACCACAGAAGCUGCUGGUGCCACCCGGCUGGGCUCCUUCAUCCCUCUCCUGGAACUCCUGUUUUCUACCCUGAUUCUCUCCCUCGUGCUCUGAGAAAGAGUUUAGGCCACAGGCAGUGUUGGGGAGUAGUUUAACUACAGGUAGUUAAACCUUUAGUUUAAUUACAUUUUGCAGCAGUUUGCGCUGGUAGUUCAACUACAUUCAAAAUUGUGUAGCGGUUGUAGUAGUUAAUUACGUUUUUUGUCAUUUUGAGGUGUAUUUAACUACAGGAGCUAACAACUACUUUUGAUCCAAAAAUAUUUUUUCCCAAACCCCUUUGACCAAAUUCCACCUCCUCUCUCUCUUCUGUCUAAUCCUGAUCUGCUCCACUGUAGUCACCAAUGGUCAAGUACCAAUUGCACACAUUGCUGGUCCUCCCAACUGAGCUGUAUAGUGGUUCCCCCCUUGUGCAAAAAGAAGGCACUAC